UGUUACCCCCUACUCUUAGACAGGUCCGACAGUUCUCCGACUCAUCCAAGUUUCGGCUGCAAAGAUCAUCCUCGCUGUAGGAUCUGUUAUAUUAUUUAUAUAUAGUCUGUUUUGUAGUAGGAGUGUUUUUGUCUCCCCAGAAUGUCUUCUUCUGCUGAUGUCUCCCCAUCUGUAACCCCGUCGUCAACACCCCUCGGCAGUACACAUGCUCCAAAAUAUGGCACAGUCAUCCCCAAUCGCAUUUUUGUAGGUGGAAUUGCAGCUAAUACAUCAGAACAGGAAUUGAAGCAGUUUUUUGCUGCGUAUGGAGCUGUAAAAGACUCAAAGAUAAUUGCAGAUCGGGCUGGGGUAUCGAAAGGAUAUGGAUUUAUUACAUUUGAAAAUCAGGAGGAUGCUGACAGAAUUAUUAAAAAAGAUUCGGACAAUUUGGUAUUCAAGGACAGGAAGUUGAAUAUUGGUCCAGCUGUCCGCAAACAGGUAACCCAGUCUGAUCAGGUGUUGCCUAGAGCUUACGGUGUGGAUUCGCUGACCACAGAUACAUUAGAUGCCUCUAUUCCUGCAGGGACAGUGCUGUUAGCCAAUGGUGUACCUUAUACAUAUCAGAAUGGGAUGGCCAUUUUCCACGCCCCAGAAGGAGGGUACCCUGUAGCCCAGCCACAGAUCAGUUCUGCAUCCUUAUCAGCAAUGAUGGUCCCUCAAACUCCAACAAUGUACCUAGCUCCUCAGUACACAUAUCCACCGACAACCCCACACUGGACCUCACCCACUGGACAAUGGAGAUGGAACACUCCACAGAGCCCUCAGCAGGCAGUAACUGGAUCACCAGGUUAUAUUUAUGCGACAGCCAUGCAUGGUUCACCAGAAUUGAUGUACGCUCAAGCUCCACCUCACGCCUAUCCUACUGAACAUGCUGAUCCCACCCUGAUGUCAGACGGACAACAAACAGUGGAGGCCAGUUUGCUACCGAAGCCAAUAGAGCCAUCCAUUUUGACAGCCCACCCUUACCUUACAGAAAAUGUAGCCAUGACAGAGUCCACAGAAAUACUGCCUCCAAAUACCUCUCAGAUCAGCAUGGGGGCCCAAGCAGGGCUCCAACCUCUGGCACUGCCCUACAGUUCUGUCGGAAGCCUUGGUAGCGAUCCAACUAAACCCUCAACAGUGUUUACUCGACCUAUCUGUAUUAAUAGCCCCUCUUCACAAUACAUAGGGGGUGCAUAUCCUAGUUUAGUUCCCUACCAACCCUCUGUGUCGGCUGCUUCUCAGGGCCCUAUAACAUAUUCUUCUGUGUCUGCCACUGUGGCCCCAUACCACAAAAAAGGCAAUUCAAACUCCAUCCUUCGUCGUCCUUAUACAAGUCCUGCAAUUAUAGUAAAACAUGGCCACAAAAUGCAGAGAGUAAUGAUGCCUAGUAAAGCUGUAACAGCAAACGGGCAACUGACCUACUUGCAUAGCGAUUGUGGUGCAGGGGGUGACAUGUCCAGUGAAACAAAGAACACAAUACUCACCCCUCCCCCAACUCCUGAUGUUUGAAUAGCCAGCAAGUUUUAUCAUUUUGAGAUUUUGUUGCCAAGUUUCUUCAGUUUUUGUUGUUGUUGUUUUCAGUUUUAUUUUUAAACCCAGAGAUACUUGAAUAAAUUUAUUUUGGUCUAAGAUAUCUUUAGGAGUUCAAAAGUUUCACACCGCUGGGAUAAAGAAUUGUAUGUAUUAAAAUGUUUUUAAAAAAAAACAAACAAACAAACAAACAUUUUGCUAAAAACAAAACUUGCAUCUAAAACAUCAGCAUUGGAAAAACUGAAUUCUAGAAACAGCUGUUAUUGUUUCAUGUGGGCUCUCAUUCUGAUACCCUAAAGUAUUGAUACAUCUUUAUAAAGUACUUUAUUAUGCACAUUUUUUUGUUUAUUGGUCUAUUCUGGAAGAACCAGGUUUAAGUGUGUGUUUUGUCAGCAAGGUUUGCCAAUGUGUCCUAAUGUUUUUAAUACAUGUGUCACCCCUUAUCAAUUUUUUUGUCACAUUAAAUCAUACUGCAUGUAAUGAUUAUGCCUGUUAACAUUAAUGUCAUCAUAUAAAGCAACGAAAAACUGCUCACUAGGCUUAAAGGACUUUUACUAAAUAGAGAUAAGUAUCAGGAGAAACAACAUAAAGUAUGUAGUUGUAAGAAAACAAAAUUAGAUGCUGAUUUAACAAGCAUGAUGUAACAAGCCUUCAUAGUGCAUGUAAAAAUUAAAAUGUAUAAUAUCUUCUUCCAUAUUAAACAUUUUUGCAUGUUCAUAACAUAUUUCUUAAGUCAAGGUUAUUUGUCAUAUUUUGAAGUGAAAUGUAAUUGAGUUUUACAUUACUAUCAUAUAUUUUCAAAAUGCUAAAAGAUAAAUUUGAGUAGGGAAUAUAUUUUUUCAUGCAUUUGCCUUAAGUAGUGUAGGAUUUCUAGAACAGUUUUAUGACUUUAGAUAUUUUAAAUUGUGAGGUCCCUGUUUAUGGAGUAUAUAUCUUGCCAUUUUUCACUGUAUUAUAUAUUUGUUGAAAAUUAUAUUUGGGCUAUUUUGUUGUCGUCUCUUUUUUUUGUUCCCAUAUUUAAAGGUAAUUUAGAGGUAGAAAAAAGUAUGUUUUGAUAUUGUAUUGUAUAUACACCUGUUAACAUCAUAUAAUACUGUUACAGUCAGUCCCUUAUUCAUUAAAAUCCUUGUUUUCCUUUACUUUAUUCAUUACCAUUCCAUACUUGUUUUUUUGUUUGUCUGUUUUUGUUGAUGAUCAACACAUAUUUUUGUUAUCAGAUUAUUCUCUCUAAGAUCAUCUGCUUCCCCAGUUUUAUUUUUCAGUAGAUAAGUUAUGAAACACAAUAGAAAAACAGAAUUCAGUGGCAGUCAAAACCUUACUCUUUUAUUUUUCAAAUAAAAUUCCUGUACAUUCUUUUCUUGGGAGAAUUCUUUUUGAAUUCAUUUAUUUGAAAAAUUUUGAAAUAAAGAGAAAAAAAUCUUAUUUUCACAUGAAUACUUUUGAUUAAAAAUAAAUAGUUAUAGGAUAGGAUUUAAAAUAUGAACUUUCUAACAGUAGCCCAUACAGGAAGGUUAAGUUGGUCAAUAUUGGUUAGAGUUCAUAGACUUUGAUGUACUUCUGCCAUAUCAAAUACAUGACAUUUUCCUUUUAAUUUGUGCCUCUCUCAUUGUAAAGUGCUUUUUUCUGUACAUAUUACGAGGCACCGUGCUUUGUGUAACUAUUGAUUUGAUGUAUAUUUAUUGUAAUAAUCUUGAAUGAUCAUUUGGACAAUUCCAAAACCAGUCACGAAUCCAAGAAGCAGAUUGCUUUUCUGUGUUUUGUUUAUAAGCAGAGUGCACCAUGAAGAUGCAUACAAAAGUUUUGAACACUCUGCUGCUGUCUUGUCAAUCACAGAGAGUGUUUCUGAUUUAAUAUUUGCCCAACUAAAUAUAGACAGUUGGGUAGAAAUGUAGAUAGUCAAGAGAAACUGUCUGUAGGAAAAGCAUUCCUUUGUCAGAUAAUCCUGCAGUGGGAGAGGAAUUGUUUCAGUUGUGUGAAUGAAGUGUAUGCCUGUCCUAAACAUUUGAUUAUAUUUUGUUGUCAGUUGAAGUACUGUAUUCUCCCUAUUAAGUACCUCUGCCCCCAGAAGUGCACCUUGAUGUAUUUUCUCACGUAUCGGAGUUAAAAAUUGAAAUGGUCACUGUGAAUGGUGCAAGUUGAUAGAAUGUGGAACUGUAUGUCUAGUUCAUAGAAAUCAUUUAAUAGUUAGUGCUAGGUUGAAACUAGAAUUACCUUAGGACAAUCCUUUUGACUUGAAUGUCUGCCUCCUUUUUGUAAUACAUGUAUAUACAAGUGCUCAGGUAUUUAAUAUGGAGAAUAUGGUAUUCAAACAAUUUGUAUCCAUCUAUUAUUGUUUUACUGUCUCAUGUAGCAAUCUGACCUUGAUUAUAACAAAUGCAAAAUUGCCAAAAAAAACCUCGAACAUCAAGAAACUAAUUUUCGGAUAUACAUAGUAUAGCAUACAGUAGUUUAAUGAGUGAUUUAUUCUUGAGCUGGUUUUAUAACUAUAUAUACUGUUCAUAAAUUUGUUUUAUAAGGUGGCAAUCACAUUUCUUUUGAUGAUUAUUUGUGCAGGUUAAUAUCAGUACUUCUGCAUAAAGGCAUUGUGCAGUCAUUAACACAACUCCUAAGGUCAUAUUGCUCAAUGUGUAGAUUAUGCCUUUGCUAUUGAAAAUCAUAUGUGAAACAGAUAGUCAUGUGAAUGCGUUUUCAGACUUUUCCAUAAAAACUAAAAUGUUCGUGUUAAAAUUGUAUGGUAUUAUAUGUAUUUUUGGUAAUUUUUUUUUCAGAAAAGUUUGUUAAAACUAUAUACAUUGAGUGGCAAAAUUUACAGUGGUGUACUUUUUGUGAUCUCUGGAUAUAUUUUGCAAGAAUUUUGUAACAUAAUCUGUAAUUGAAAACUUUCUGGAGAUGUUCCACUACUGUCAUGAAUGCUGUUUGAAUGCUGAAAUAAAAUUUGUAAAUUUUAA